CUGAAGUAAUCACCAGAUACACUAGAUUUGCAAAAGUGUCCGCCUGCGGCGCAGUUUUCGAUUCCGUAAGGUUUGGUGUUUUUCAGGUAGUCCGUACUGCGACUUUUGAAAAUCUGAGUUGGCAACAUUGGUUCCGAGUUGUCGACUUGUUUUGUCAUUGUCACCAAAAGAAAUUAUUCAAAUUCAGAAAUUUGAUAUUAUUUAUCUGAUUUCUUUGCCCAGAUGAAGAUUGCUUGAGAAUUGACUGAAUUGAGAUAUAUAAUUCAUCAAAUAAUGUAGCAGGAACAGGAAUUUCUCACUACGUUUCUGCCGGCAAUAUGAUAGACAAGGUCCCCUUGAGUCAAUUUUAAAAUGCGAAUUAAACGCACAUCUUUAGUAAUAGGAAUAAUUUUGAUAAUAUGGUCAUCAUUAUUGUAUAUUUCCUUAUCCAUCCGCCCUAUUCCUUCCAAGGAUGAUGAAGAUGUAGACCACCAAAUUGUGAUUUUAGAACAAAGCAUAUCAGGGGAGUUUGAAAGGAAUAAUGUUAUUAUAAAUCGUGCUCAGAAAUUGUUAGAAUUAAAGAAGAAAGCAGAACAUAGAACCAAUUUGUUGGCAAUGGAACUUCAAAAUGUUAAGAUCCCCAUUCUUGUUUUUGCCUGUAAUAGGGUAACUGUUAAUAGGUGUUUGGAUGGCUUGAUCAAGUAUAGGCCUGAUCCGGAUCAAUUCCCUAUCAUUGUUAGUCAGGAUUGUAAUCAUGAAGAAACACGGGAUGUCAUUCUAAAGUAUGGAACACAGCUAUCUCUGAUUCAACAACCAGAUCAGUCAGAUAUUCAAGUUCCUCCAAAAGAGAAGAAAUUCAAGGGAUAUUUCAAGAUAGCUAGGCAUUAUGGUUGGGCAUUGAACCAGAUGUUUUUCAAUUUCAACUUCAGUACAGCUAUCAUUGUAGAAGAUGACUUAGAAGUAGCCCCUGACUUUUUUGAGUACUUUCUUGGUACAUAUCCACUUUUGGUGAAGGAUUCUUCCCUCUGGUGUAUAUCUGCAUGGAAUGAUAAUGGUAAAGAAGGAGUUGUAAAUGUUAAUAGACCAGAGUUGCUUUAUCGUACCGAUUUUUUUCCUGGAUUGGGUUGGAUGCUCACAAAAAAUGUUUGGAUGGAACUGUCUACCAAGUGGCCAAAGGCCUAUUGGGAUGAUUGGAUUCGGGAUCCUGCACAGCGAAGAGAUAGAUCCUGCAUACGUCCUGAAAUUUCAAGAACUAGGACUUUUGGAAAAUCAGGGGUUUCAAAUGGCAUGUUCUAUGAGAAACAUUUGAAGUACAUAAAAUUGGAUGAAGAAUUUGUGCCUUUCACUAAGAUGAACCUCAGCUACUUAUUGAAGGAUAUCUACGACAAUGACUUCGUCCACAAAGUUUACCAGAGUCCCAUUGUCAAGCAUCAAGAUCUCAAAGAUGGAAAAGUAGAAUAUAAUGUUCCUGUUAGAAUUACAUAUAGGACGAGAGAUGAGUACAAAAUGAUUACAAAGAAAUUAGGACUGAUGGAUGACUUUAAAAGUGGUGUACCUAGAACUGCCUAUAAAGGAAUAGUGACAUUUCAUUUCGAAGGAAAAAUGGUACAUCUAGCACCAAAUGCCAAUUGGAAAGGUUAUGACAUUACGUGGAGUUAAUGAAUGUGCUGAGGCGUAUAAAACGUGGAACUCAAUUCUAGUUACUCCUUGCUGACUCUGAUUGGAGACUGGAAAAAUAGGUACCUAUUCCAUAUAUGGUACCUAUACUAAUUUAUUAAUUUUGUGAUAUAUGUUGACUCAAUAUGAGAUCUUUAUGAUGGUUGGUUCAUUUGAUUAACUCAAAAUUGAGAUACAUUAUGCGUUUUAAAAGUUAAUGCUCAACCCUGAAUAGUGUUCGCCAUAAAGUUCAUAACACAUGGAAGAAGCUUAUUAUUAGUGAAUACAUUUUUCUUGAUGAUCGAUUGUGCUUGACCAAUAAUAAGAUCCAAUUUCGACUUGUUAUCGCUGGUAUGGCGGCAAAUUCAAGAAAUUACUAAUUUGGUCCCAAAAAUAUAUUUGAAAAAUAUGCUCAUAAUUAGAUUUCAGACCUAUUAU